GCCGGGGGCCGGGCCUGUGACGGGCGCCUGUGCCCGCCCCGGCUCUCGGUCUCCGCCCGGCAGGGCCGAGCGCCCGGCGCCGCGCCCGCCCCUUCCCCUUUCCCUUCCCCUUUCCCUCCGCGUUCCCCGUCCCUGCCCGCGGCGGGGCCCGGGCGGCUCCGCAGCAGCACAGCGGCCGCAGGAGUCAGGCUGAAGAAUAAUGAAUUGAAGUGACGGACACCAUGACAACCGUAAGACAGAGAAGGGUUGGAAAAGGCACAGAAGUAGCUGAAGAUCAGCCUUCAGAGGAGACAAAUGCGAAGCCUGAUGGGAAAAUUCUGCCUGAUCCUCCAGGUGGAAAGCUGUGGAGCAUACUCUCAAUAACUGUUGGUGGAAUUGUUGCCAUCUCUCUUGGACUUCUUACUUCUGUGUAUGUGGCUACACUGCAUGAGAAUGACCUGUGGUUUUCCAAUAUCAAGGAGGUUGAAAGAGAAAUUUCAUUCAGAACCGAGUGUGGACUUUAUUAUUCCUACUACAAACAGAUGAUUCAGGCUGCUUCCAUUCAGCAAGGUUUACAUGGUUUAGUAUAUGACAAUAAAACUGAAUCUGUGAGGACAAUUAACAUACUUGAAAGAAUGAAUGUUUACCAGGAGGUGUUUCUCAGCAUUCUGUAUAGGAUUCUUCCAAUUCAGCAAUACCUAGAGCCUGUUUAUUUUUAUAUCUACACUUUGUUUGGACUUCAGGCAGUUUAUGUCAUUGCUCUCUAUGUAACAAGCUGGCUUCUUAGUGGAACAUGGCUUUCAGGGUUGUUGGCAGCUUGCUGGUAUAUUACAAACAGAGUAGAUACUACAAGGGUAGAAUUCACCAUUCCUUUAAGGGAGAACUGGGCACUGCCAUUCUUUGCUGUUCAGAUAGCAGCCAUCACAUACCUACUCAGAACUCAUUUACAGCCUGCUCAAGAAAGGCUCACACUCAUGGCAGUAUUCAUAGCAACGUUUCUCUUUAGCCUGACUUGGCAAUUUAACCAGUUUAUGAUGCUGAUACAAGCAUUGGCAUUGUUCAUACUGGACUGCUUGGACAUGCUUCCCACAGCAAAGGUUACAUGGCUCUAUAUCAUUCAGAUUUCUGGGCUACUGCUGGUCUGUGUCCUACAGUUCUUCAAUUCUAUGAUUCUUGGGUCAUUACUUAUAAGUUUUAAUGUUUCUGUCUUAAUAGCAAGAACAAUCCAGAAAAACCUAAAAAAGGGUGGCUUGCUUAAUAGGCUUGGGAAACUUAUCCUCCAUGUUCUACUAGUUUUGUGCUUGACUCUCCUAAUAAAUAAAUUCAUUAAGAAAAUUCUUAAUCUUGAGUCAGAUGAGCAUAUAUUCAAAUUCCUGAAAGCAAAAUUUGGAUUUGGAGCAACAAGAGAUUUUGAUGCUAACCUGUAUCUUUGUGAAGAAGCCUUUGGUUUGCUACCUUUAAAUACUUUCUCAAGACUCUCCAGUACAUUACUUUUUUACAUCUAUGGAUUUGUUCUCUUCCUUCUGACAGUAGCAGCUGUAAUUGUUGCCUUUCGGAACCUCAGUGGUUCAAAUCAAGUCCGUUUUAAGGACAAAAUGGAAGAAUAUACAGUGACACUGAAGCCUGAUGCUGCCUACAGCUUAGCUCACACAGUUCUUUUUGGAUGUCUGGCGUUAAGCACAAUGAGGAUGAAGUACCUCUGGACAUCCCACAUGUGUGUUUUUGCAUCCUUUGGCCUGUGCAGUACAGAGGUUUGGAAACUCAUCCUGAAGUGUCUCCAUCUCUACACAUCCCAGAGGACACAGGUGAUUAAGUAUUCUAUACCAAUAAUUACAUUACUGUACAUCUCAUUUAAGUUCUGGCCAGGAAUAAUGGAUGAACUAUCAGAGCUGAGAGAAUUCUAUGACCCAGACACUGUGGAGCUGAUGAACUGGAUUAACAUUGAAAAAAUGCCCCUGCAGAGACUUCCUCAGACUUAUCACCGUUUGUUCAGGUCAAACACUCCAAACACAGCAGUGUUUGCUGGGAGCAUGCAGCUGUUGGCAGGAGUCAAACUGUGCACUGGACGCACCUUAACCAACCAUCCCCACUAUGAGGAUAAGAAUCUGAGAGAGAGAACAAAGCAGAUCUACCAGAUCUAUGCCAAGCGCUCUCCCGGUGACGUGCACGGCAUCCUGCGCUCCUUUGGCACGGACUACGUGAUCCUGGAGGACAGCAUCUGCUACGAGAGGAGGCACAGCCGGGGCUGCCGCCUGCGCGACCUGCUCGAUGUAGCCAACGGCCACAUCAUGGAUGGCUUGGGAGAGAAUGAACCUGAUUUGAAACCUUCAUUGUAUCCUCGCUUCUGUGAGGAGAUUAAGAAAAACCUUCCUUCUUACACCAUGCACUUCACCAGGGUGUUUCAGAACAAAACAUUCCACGUUUACAAACUUGCCAAGCAUAAAUAACAUUUCUAACCAUGACUUCAAGUUCAGUAUUUCACUGCUAGGACCACAUUAGGAAAUGCAGAUGAAGUUUACAAACAGGUUACAUUUGUAAGACAUUUUACACCGAUGUUUUUUUGUUUAAUUACUGUGAUUCUUUUUUUAGACAGUUUAAUUUUGAUAACAUUAUUGAUGUUGCCAAAAUUUUCAUAAAUUCAUAAAUAAAUGCUAGCAGGGACCAUUUUGAUUUAAAUUCUGACCCUCAGAAUACUUAGGUUGUAAUUGUUUUCCAGUUUCAAUUGAUUGGAAGACAAGGGCAGCAGCCUGUGAAUCUGCUCAACAGUUCAGAUUUUCCUCUCCAGUUACAGAAAUUCAGUGAAAGCAGCCCAUGCUGCUCCUGCCCUGAGUAAGCAUUGCCUUUGUGAAUCCUAAAAAUAGUCACAAAAUGAAGUUUUGUCUUACAGUCUGAUGCUUUUUGACAGAUCCUUGUGCUCUUUCAGUGCCUCUUUUUUGAAUUUUUUGGGAAUGUAUGCGGCUAUGAGUUUCCAAUUUUGUGAGUAUGAUUGCAGAGUCAGUGAGUGCGGAUUAAGCAAACAAUUUUGAAGAAAAAUAAUCUUUGGUCCAGCAUUUUUAGUGAUCAGAAACAAACUGGUUUAUAACAUUAAGUAUUUAAUGAUGGAGUGUUACGUAUUUUUAGUGAGAAAAAAGGCUGGAGCAUGCUUGAUACAUGUUGCAUGUUUGUAUCCUUGUAAAAUGCUUAGAACAAACAAAAAUCCAAAUUUCUCAGUUUGGAUUUUCAGAACACUUUUCUGUAUAUAUUUUCUGAACUACAGGGGAUCCUUUCUCUCCUCAUGUGAAUCCCACUAGGAUAGCAAAAUUGGACAAAAGCAAAACUCAUCUCUAAAGCAGCAGGAAAUCAGUAUUUCAAAUACAUUCAGAUAGCAGAGCUUUGUUUUGUAUUAUUUCAGACACAGAGCUCUAUAUUUUAGCACAAAAUCACUGUGUCCUUGUUCUUUAGCCUAAAACAGAGACUAACAGUAUUUUAAAAUGAUGUGGAAGAUUAAGUGAAGCCAGACCUCAAUGCUGAGAAUUUUGUGAUUUGUUUGUAUCCUUUGUCUUUUUACCAGCCUGAACUUUGUGAUUUGUAUCAGAUUUCUAAAUGUUAUGAAGGUACCACAUGACUUUUGCCGUGUUUUUAGCACUGCUUUGGUUUUAGAUUGAAAUCAAAAAUAAAUUUGGAAGUCUCACAGUACUCUCCAUCUUGAAUUAGACAUCCACUAGGCUCAUUUGUUUGUUACAAAAAACAGAAUUGUAAUAAUCAAGUGCCUCUAGGCCCAGGUUGAAUUAACAUUUGAACACCUAUAAGACUGUUUGUGGCCUGUGCAAAUAACUCAGUUAUAGUAAUUACCACUGCAAUUAAUUUCUAAUGAUGGGAAACUUAAAGUGCUACAGAUAGCAAACUCCACAUUUAAUUUAAUCAAGAUGUGUAAUGAGAUUAGCUGUCACAACUGAGCUGGGCUCCAAUUCCAAAUGAUUUAAGUGUUUUCCCUUUCAGUUGUUCCAAGGUAAAUUACCAAAGAGAUGGAGAUGGUUAUGUCACAUGCUCAAACAAUUUUAUAUUCAGUAAAUACUCAUUAAACAAUGUUAACAUCCUUUCUCUGUGGCACAGAAGGCUGUGCUGUAGCCAGGCUGUGUUAAAUCACACACUGACAGGAGCUGGGCUGUUACACUGAGCAGCUCAAACUCCUGAGUAAUUCUUAGCCUGUAUCCUUUAAUGAGGUUGGAGACCACUGCAGUUUAACAUAAUACAAUAAUAAAACAUUUUAAUCAGUAUUAAAACUUUAAUUAGGCCUGUAAUGAUGCAUGGUUCUUGCUGCAAGCCUGGGUCAGUGAAUCCCUCAGUGAGUGCUUUCAGUAACUGAAAACAAGCACACAAAAGGUAAAAGAUGUCUGGGCUGUAUGGCAUGUUCUAGAAUGCAACUGGAUCUUUCUGGAAAGGUGCAGUGACUUUCCUUUGGUGGAGGGGAGGCAUUCCCAGGCCCAGUGAUAGCCUGUUUUCUUCAGAAUUUACUUGUAGGUAACAGCUGAGACUAAGAAAUCCUGACUGAAACAGUAAUUAUUUUUAAACAAACUUAUUUCAACAAUGCAGUUUCUAAUCUUGCCAAAGGAGAAACUUAACAUUUUCAUAGAAACUACCAAGUGCAAUCUGGUUUGUUUGGGGUUUUUUUGCACAGAAAGAUGCAUUAUGAGAGAUUAUCAGGAAGGUUUAACACUAAGGGUUAUUCCAGGGCCUGCAGUGCAGCAUUCAGACACCAACCUGCUUCAAAGUGUAAAUCCAGGGGCCAAGGGCCAAAAGCAGUUCCCAGCUCCGAGGGAGCAGCUCCUCCCUGCCCCUGCUGGAGAGGAGCCUGGGGGACAGGGGCUGCUCCUCCACUCCUGAGGUGCCCCAGCAGUGGCCAUGGCAGGCACAGGCUCCUCCCGUGUGCUCCUUGGUGGCCACAAGGACUUCGUGCUGCAUGUGAUCAGUGGGAUUGUGGUUUAAAUUGCAGAGACAAAAUGCUGUCAAGGAGCCAGGACUUUUUUAGGAGAGAAAAGCCUUUGAGAUCCAUAAGUGUAUUUUAAUUUCUUGUUUCAGUGUUCUGCUGGUGGGAUCUAACAUAGUUAUUUUAUAAUAUGUUGUUGUAAAGAGAUGUAAUGACUAUUGUAUACUAAAUAAAUUGUGUAAUUUGAAAGUCA